GUUCUUUUUAUUUUCUUUCUUUUAUUGUCUUUUAUUCUUUCUUGAACAAACAAACAAACAAAUAAACAAACCAUGCCCCUGACGUCAUCGCGCUCUCGCUUAAUCCCCGGCCGGCGUGCGCGCCUCCAUUUUCCCCUGAUUUGUAAACCAUGGCUGAUGCCUGAGUUGGAUUCCCGCCGGCGCACGCAUGGUUUUGAGAUCUUGGGUGUUUACGGUCACGGCGUCGCUCCGCGACCCGCUCGCCUAGAUGACGUCACGGCGGACUCACAAGAUGGCGGCCGCACCUGCGGGUUCAGCAGCUGCGACGGGAAACAUCCGAUCGGAUUAUAUUUAAAAAUAACGUUUAAUCAGGAAGAGACACUGUUUUAAUAUAUUCAUGAAUAGAUUCAUAAACAAACAAACAAACAAAUAAAUAAACCAGAGCCGGAAUGUGGGCGGAGGAGGCGGUGGAGACGGACAGCGAGGCUGCGGUGACCGGCGCCGGUGAGCGCUGGGCUCCGGUGGGUGCCGUCGCCAGUCCCGAGGAUGAGCGCGGGCAGGGACACGGAGCUCUGGCCGGUGUGGCGGAGACGUCGACAGCGACGCGUCUGCGGCGGCUGGAGGAAGAACACGAGCAGCUGCACUCGUCCCUGCUGGCGCUCACGUCGCACUUCGCCCAGGUGCAGUUCCGCCUGAAGCAGAUCGUCCACGGGCCGAGCGAGGAGCAGGACAAGGAGAAGAUGCUGAAGGAGCUGGAGGACUUCGCGUUCAGGGGGUGUCCUCACGUCCUGGGCUGCCGCGCGCAGCAUCCGCUCCAGAACUCGGAGGAGCUGAGCGAAAGGGAAAAGAGGGAGCGUCUGGAAGCUCAGAGAGAAAAGCAGAAGGAGCUGAUUGUCCAGCUGAAGACUCAGUUGGAUGAUUUGGAGCGUUUUGCCUACCAGGAGGGCAGCUAUGACUCACUCCCCCAGUCUGUCGUCAUGGAGAGGCAGAAGGUGAUCAUUGACGAGCUGAUUAAGAAGCUGGACGUGAACCUGAACGAGGACAUCGGGAACCUGACGCCUGAGGAGCUGAGACAGCGCGUGGACACCGCCAUCGCUCAGAUCGUCAACCCGGUGCGCGUCAAAGAGCAGCUGGUGGACCAACUCAAAACCCAGAUCCGAGAUCUGGAGAUGUUCAUUAACUUUAUUCAAGAUGAAGUUGGGAACCCGCUCCUGUCAGACAGAGCGAACAGCCAACAGAGUCACGCCACCGGAGCCAAACCACGAGGAAACGGCGCCACCAAGCAGGUGGACCCUGAGCAUGCGGAGCAGCUGCGAGCCACCGGUCUGCGUCUGGUCCAGCGUGCGCUGGCGCUGCUGCAGAUCUUUGCUCUGAGCCAGCUCGGAUGUUCAGCAGGCACCAUGGCGCAGAAGGCUUGGUCGCCAGCAGACGGCGCUCCCAAUUACGGCCCCCUGCUGAACAAACUGGAAGGAUCCGUAGAGCGGGUUCGCCUCCUCGCCUCUCGCCUCCAGCCCGCAGGUCAGGACGAGCCCGUGGUGAGCUACACGUCCUCUGCAUCGCCCCCGGCCGCCCCUUCAGGACCUCGACAUGAGCUCAUCAUCGCUGUGAGGAACGAUCUGUCCCAGGCUUUGCGUGACCUUCUCGCUCACGGCCUUUACGCUCCCUCUGAAGGCAUGAGCCUGGUCCUAGCGCCUAUUUCCUGCCUCCUGCCGUUUUCCGGGUCCUCGCAGCAGGACUCCUUACACCCCUGGGAGCUCUUCGUUAAGUAUUAUCACGCAAAAAACGGCCCGGCUUUCGCCGAGUCGCCCGCCCGCCAGCUGUCGCAGUCCUUCAGCCUGCCUGUAGGGGGAACCUCUGCAGUCGUGACGCCAAAGAACUCGCUCCUGUGGGCUGUGCACAGCGUCCUCAGCGAGCACGGACGCUACAAACGCGGCGCAGACUCGGAGUUCAAGGCGCUGGUGUGUAUGGCGCUAAACGAGCAGAGGCUGGUUUCCUGGGUCAACCUGCUGUGCAAGGCAGGGACUCUGAUCCACGCUCACUACCAGCCCUGGAGCUACAUGGCGCAGACCGGCUUUGAGGGGGCGCUGAGGAUUCUGGGGCGUCUCAGUCACCUGAAAUUCGAUCUGCCCGUCGAUCUGGCGGUGCGACAGCUCAAAAACAUCCAGGACGCCUUCUGACUUUCUGUCUUUAUUUUAUCAGCGUCCGAGAUUGACUUUUAAGCGCUUUAAACAAAUCAAAGGUGCAGUUUGUGAUAUCUGUCUCUGAAGUCUCUUUGAAGCAUCUUUAAAGUGACUUUGAAGUGUCUUCAAAAGGUAUUUGAAAUAUCUCACUUCAUUUCCAGACCUGGGAAUAAGCUCCGCCCACAUACGGAAAAACAGACCUUUCUUCAAAGCAGCGUGAGAUAAUGCUUAUGUGAAGGCUGUGAAUAUUACAAAUUGUACCUUUAAACCUUUUUUCUUUCAGCUGUAUGAGAUCGUAAUACAGCACUAAAUAUCUGGUUCACUUCA